AUGACGAGUAUAGAUGAGCUUUUUAAAAAACCGACAUCGACAGCAAGUACAAAGCGCAAAAUAGAUUCUGCGCAAGAUCCGAACGAACUCUACAAAGCGGCCAAGCUCGACGCCAGCGGAGAUGUCAAGUCGAAAGGAAAGGCGCCGAUGGUAGAGGAUGAAGAAGGAGACGACGGCGAAGCAGGUCCUGAGCUACCUCCGGAUUUUGAAGAGGAUAUCCCCGAUGACGAAGAAGGGCGCUUUUUCGGCAGCGGCAUGGAGCGACAAACGGCGGAGGCUAUGCAAUACAUCGACCAGCAGGAUGAGGCGGAGGGAGAUCCGGAGAAAUUCGACGUCGCCUGGCUGCGGCGGUUUGCGCUGAACUUUGAGAGGAAGAUCUCCAAGAACGCGGAGCUGCGGGGGAAACACGAGAAUGAUCCGCAGAAGUUCAUGACCUCCGAAGCCGAUCUAGAUACCGAGAUUAAAGGAUUGUCGAUUCUCUCCGAACACCCAGAGCUUUACAGCGAAUUCUCCAAGCUGGGGUGUGUUAGCUCAUUGAUCUCCCUGCUGUCUCACGAGAACACCGAUAUUGCCAUCGACACGAUCCAGAUCAUCAGUGAGUUGACGGACGAAGACGUGGAGGCGGAACAGGAACAAUGGGAUGUGCUGGUGAAUGCAAUGCUGGAUGACGGCCUCAUCGAACUCCUCACACAGAACCUGUCGCGACUCGACGAGGGUUCUGAUGUAGAUCGAACAGGCGUAUACUAUAUUCUCGGUGUCAUUGAGAACCUCGCUUCCCAGACCACGGUUGCGGAGAAAAUUGGGCAGGACAAGAAUCUCCUCCCGUGGCUCGUUGCGCGAAUCCAAAAGAAAGAAAGGCCCGUCAGCCAAAACCAGCAGUACUCCGCGGAAGUAUUGGCGAUCCUACUCCAGUCAUCCGCGAAGAACAUAGAGGCUUUCAUUGGUCUCGAUGGGGUGGACGCGCUCUUGCAGCUGCUCAGUCAGUACCGCAAACGCGACCCCGAGAAGGACUCCGACGAGGAGGAGUAUGUUGAGAACCUCUUCGACUGCUUAAUCUGCCUGGUAGACGACAACUCGGGCAAAGAAAAGUUCUUAGAAGGCGAGGGCGUCGAGCUGGUUCAGAUCAUGCUGAAGGAAGGAAAGUUCAGCAAACAGCGUGCGUUACGAGUCCUGGACCAUGCCCUCGGCGGCCUCGGCGGUGCUCCCGCUUGCGAGCGAUUGGUUGAGGUAGCUGGAUUGAGGACGGUGUUCGGAUUGUUUAUGAAGAAGCAAGAAAACCAGACCAUUGAGCAUCUGCUGGGCAUCUUUGCCUCUCUCUUACGUCUACUGCCCGGCGGCUCUGCACCUCGUAUCCGUGCUCUUGCCAAGUUCAUGGAAAAGAACUACGAGAAGAUCGAGAAAUUGAUUAAAUUACGGCGUGACUACGCUUCCAGAGUGUCCCCCGUGGAAGAGGCCAUCGAGAAGGAACGCAAGACCUUCGAUGCAGUAGAGCAGGAGAUGAUGGCUGCCGAAUGGUUGUCGCGCCGCUUUGACGCAGGUCUUUUCUCAUUGCAGCUGAUCGAUGUCAUCUUGGCGUGGUUAGUGGCUGAGGAUGACGGUGCCAAGAAGAAGGUUGUGAGCCUUCUGGCGGACCGAGAUGAAGACCUGUCUUUGGUCCAAAAGACGCUGAAAGCAGAGCAAGUCGAGGGCCUCACGGACGAUGACCCAGGGCAGAAAGAUCGUAAGGAGAUGCUGGAGACCUUGCUACAGUUUGUGUAA